CCAUCUUUUGACGGUUAUUUUGCUCUUGUAAUUUAUUUAUUCACUCAUAGAUGGCGUUAUGUCCCACUUUUACAAUAUUCAUAGGUGGCGCUAAUCGAUGCUGGAAAUGCAAACAUGAAGUAGAAGAAAUACUCAGCAAAUUUGGUUAAAGUCGAUCUGUAGCUAUUGAAGAAAAAUGUAUGACCGAAAUGUGAUACCUUUUAGCCAGAAUGGCGGCAUUCCAUUUAGUGACGGGUUUACGAUUAACGGUACUGGAGUACCGACUCCAGUGAUGGAGCAAACCCAGCACUUCGUUCCAAGGCGAAUGAUGGAGCAAACCCAGCACUUGGUUCCAAGGCAAAUGAUGGAGCAAACCCAGCACUUGGUUCCAAGGCGAAUGAUGGAGCAAACCCAGCACUUGGUUUCAAGGCAAGUGAUGCCACAAACCUGGUUUGAUGAACCGAGGGACAAUAUAUUUGUCUAUGCACCAGUCAGGAUUCAAAAUAGGAUCUACGGCGACGUUCAUGGUGCUCCUUACCAGCAAAGACCACUGAACCGUCAUCGAAUCGAUGACGUACGGUAUUCUGAAGAUGACCAGAUUUACCAAGACCAAAGUUUCCACCAGGAAAGAUGCUUUCGCAGAGAUGCGGACUUGGCUUUUAAUCGUCAUCCAAGAAGCGAUACUAGAUACCAUCCUGCAGAUGCACACAUGGGUUGCAGUUAUGCAAGAAACUGCCGAUGCAGGAGAGAGCACUGCCAUCCUGACUGUGAUUACGAACACCAAAUCCAGUAUCGAAGUUGCCGCAGAGACGAAUAUGAUAGGCCUGGUGCAUGCCAUCACCCAAAAAGGCGAAGGCCAAAUGGUUGCCUAGCCGAUGAAUUUAUAAGAGACGUUUGUGAUGAAUGCACUGGAAGGCACCAUCACCCACCACGGCAUUGCCAGUUUCCCGAGGAGUCACGAUUAAGUGAUUAUCAAUACGACGAUUAUGACCAAACGGCAGUUGUUCAACGUCAUAAAACGACUCGUAACCGGUGCGAUUAUCUCCAGGAUCCAGCCCCACCAGCUCCGUCAUUUCAGCAAUGCAUCACAAAAGAAAUUGUUCAUCGUUCAAACUGCGACUGCAAAAAUUGUACACAUGGCGUUGGAAGAACGGAAAGAAGGACUUCGCAGGGAUCUCAGGAACGUGUGCCGAUUACGAAAAGUGAAAAGGGUAAACCGGGUCGAAAGAUCUCGGUAGCUACCGGAGAUCACCACGGCAGAGCAUCACGAACUGUCGGGAACCCAGAACAAGCAGACGAGCGAAGAGCUUCAUAUGCAGACCAACCGUGGAGUACUGGAAAUGAUAACUCAAAUUCUUACCCAGAUUCAGGCGAUGCGCACAGCAAACCGACAAAUGAAAACGGAACUGGCGAAGAGGGAAAACAUGAAGACGAUAAUCCACCGGAAGAGGACAAAGACCUUAAUCGUCACGAACCAGAAGAAGACCCAGAGUCUCAAACAUUGCAACCUCCUGAGGUUCCGGAAGAAGACAAAGACCUUAAUCGUCACGAACCAGAAGAAGACCCAGAGUCUCAAACAUUGCAACCUUCUGAGUUUCCGGAAGAAGACAAAGACCUUAAUCGUCACGAACCAGAAGAAGACCCACCCUCUCAAACAUUGCAACCUCCUGAGGUUCCGGAAGAAGACGAAGACCUUAAUCGUCACGAACCAGAAGGUGACCCAGACUCUCAAACAUUGCAACCUCCUGAGGUUCCGGAAGAAGAAGUUGUAAUUGCUCAUGACAGCUCUAACGAACAAGAAACCCCAGAAGUAGAAGCUGGGGGAGACGAGAUGCCAUACGACUCGGCGUUGCCAGAUGAUUAUUCACCAAACCCAGAGGUAUCCCAAAAGAGAAGACCGUCAACCUUUGGUUCUAUUUUGGGCAAUAAGCUUUCGGACGCAGCUGGCAAAGCGGCAGAGAGGGGAAAGGGAGCGAUUGAUUCAUUUGCGGAUAAUUUGGACAACAAACGUCAAAAAGCCAUAGACACAGCAAUAAAUGCAACUAAGAAUAAAGCACAAGAUUUGAAAACUAAAGCGAAUGAAAAAUCUGAAAAACUAAAAAAGAACCUGAAGAAUAAAGUCGACGACGUAAAGCAACGUGCAAAGGCAAAAGCCGAACAAGUAAAUGACAAAAUUAAGAAGUGGGCAAAUUCGCUGAAAAAGUCAUUUCCGAAAAUGAAGAAUCCAUUUAAAAAAAAAAAAAAGUAAACGUUUACCUCGGUAUCUCAAAUUGAUAUAUAGGUACAAGCUUGCAUGUAAGUGACGGGAUGAUGAGCAACAUUGUCAUUUCUCAACUGCAUGUACCCGCCGGAAAGAGACCACUGCGAGAGCUGAUUGUCUUGCAGUGAUGGCAGAGUGUGCAGGUAGUUUUCACUUAUGACAGUGAUCAGCUACCUUUACGGGGUAUUUGAUACUUAAAUGAGCCGUCCAGUUCUGGAAGUGCGUGUACGGGGAAAUCAAACAAGGUGUAAGAUUUAUCUGUUUUUUUCCUGAUCAAUAAAAUGUGUUCAUUUAAAAAUA